AUUGAUUUAUCGGUAGAAAUGUGUGGUAUUCGGUUUGAACAUCCUUUUGGCCUUGCUUCUGCUCCCCCAACUACAACUGGUGCAAUGUGUAGACGGGCUUUUGAACAGGGAUGGUCUUUUGUGUUAACAAAGACUUUUGGAUUGGAUAAGGAUUUAGUGACAAACGUUUCACCAAGAAUAGUACGUGGAACAACUAGUGGGCCAAUUUAUGGCCCAGGACAAGGCUCUUUUCUUAAUAUUGAACUGAUUUCUGAGAAAACUGCUGAGUAUUGGCUAGAAUGCAUUAAAGAAUUAAAAAAAGAUUUCCCAACAAAAAUAGUAAUUGCUUCGAUUAUGGCUAGCUUUGACAAAGAUGACUGGACAGAGCUAGCUGUUCGUUCUGAAGCUGCAGGUGCAGAUGCACUUGAAUUAAACCUUUCUUGUCCUCAUGGAAUGGGUGAAAGGGGAAUGGGGUUGGCUUGUGGGCAGGACACUGAAAUGGUUAAACAAAUUUCCCAGUGGGUGAGGAGUGCUGUUAAGAUUCCAUUCUUCCCUAAAAUGACUCCGAAUAUUACUGAUAUUCGAAAAAUUGCUAUAGCAGCUAAAGAAGGAGGGGCGGAUGGAGUGACAGCAACAAAUACAGUUUCAGGGCUUAUGGGAUUGCGUUCAGAUUCUAGUGCUUGGCCAAGUGUUGGAAGGAAUAAAUUAACAACUUAUGGAGGUGUUUCCGGUAACGCUAUUAGACCAAUAGCUUUACGGGCAGUCUCAGCCAUUGCUAACGAACUUCCAGGCUUUCCAAUAUUGGCGGCCGGUGGAAUUGAUAGCGCAGAAUCUGGAUUACAAUUUUUAAAUGCUGGGGCUUCAGUUUUGCAAGUCUGUUCAGCAGUUCAAAACCAAGAUUUUACUUUAGUCCAAGAUUAUUGCAGUGGAUUACGGACACUUCUCUACCUUCAGGGAAUUUCUGCUUUGGCUGAUUGGGACGGGCAAAGUCCCCCUGAAGAAAAACAUCAAAAAGGCAAACCUUUGUUGCUUAAGAAUGCGCAUCUCCCAGCAUUGGGCAACUUCCGUGAAAAACGUUAUAAAUUAGAGAAGGAUUUGCUUGUAAAAAAGAAUGGGGAUUUUGUUGAAAAUGAUGAAGUUUACGUUACUAAGCGUCCUGAUAAUCAACCUAAGAAGGUUCCGAAGAUUAAGGACAUGAUAGGCGCAGCUCUAGACAAAGUUGGGGCUUAUAACGAUUUGGAUAAUUCCCAACAAGUUGUAGCCGUAAUUGACGAUGAUUUGUGUAUAAACUGUGGAAAAUGUUAUAUGACUUGUAAUGAUUCUGGAUAUCAGGCUAUAACCUUUGACAGAGAUUCCCAUUUGGCCCAUGUUAAUGAAGAAAAUUGUACUGGCUGUACUCUUUGCCACAGUGUUUGCCCUAUACCGGACUGUAUUAAAAUGGUUCCAAAACAAAUUCCUCAUCGUAUCAAUCGAGGCAUUCCACCUUUACCACUUGGCACAAAAGCUUCAGAAAUAAAAAUAUUAAAAGGAGAACGUGUUUUGCUUAGUACAAAUUGAAAAAUAAAAUUUUUUUAUUAAUGAAUUUCAGAGUAUAAAAUAAUAAACUUGAUAUUAAUAAAUUAAAGAAUAGUUUUUUAUUAAAUUUUUUGGCCAUCAAAGUUAUUUUCUUUUGUAAUAUUGUAAGGAUGAUUGACUUAGAGCAUUUAAAACGCUUAGGCGGUGGGAGGGGGGUUA